AUGCAAAGUAGUAGUUUACAUGAGGAUGAUAUGAAAUAUGAGACUUCAAUUACUAAAAAUUCUAAGAAAGGUGAUUUCGUUUAUAUUCGUAUGAACACGCCAUCCCAACUGGAAAAUGAAUAUGAAGUUGGCCCAGUGCUUGGUGAAGGUAGUUUCGGUGUUGUUUAUCAAGGCCUAAGAAAAGCUGAUGGCAUGAAAUGUGCAAUCAAAAAGAUUUCACGUGAAAAUUCCUCAACAAGUGAACGUGCUCGACUGGAUCGUGAAAUUUCUAUUCUACGGCAUGUUAGACAUCCUGGAAUCAUUCAAAUAUUAGCUGUAGCUGAAUCUCCAAAAAUUAUUUUCUUAAUCACUGAAUUAUGUGAAGGGAAUUCAUUAGAUUAUUGCAUUAAACAAUUACCAGAAAGAUCUGGAUUACAUGAGUAUAUUGUAGCAGCUAUUGUAAGACAAGUAGCUUCAGCAUUAUCCUAUCUUCAUAAUCGAGGUAUUGUACAUAGAGACUUAAAACCUGGUAAUAUUAUGUUAUUAAACAAAGUUGAACUGGACUAUAGAAAUGUACCUCCGGUGAAUUAUAAAUAUUCUCCUAAACACCAUAUUAAUAAUAAAAUUAUUUCAGAUUCUUAUAUUAAAAAUGAUAAAACAAAAUUUGAACAUAUGGAGAUUGAUAAUGAUACAUUUUCAAAUCCUGGAAAAUUAGUCAUGCCUACAAUCACAACAACUAGUAGUUCUGUUCGAAAUAAAACAAUAAAAUCUACAAAAAGAGUAUCCAUUCACUCAGUCCAAGAUUCCUCAUCUCUAGACAAAGAUGAAAAAACAAGUGUUAGUUGUAAAUCUUUCCCAAUGAAUAGAACAUUUAAAACAAAUGGUAAAAUUGUUGAAUGUGAAAUGAAAUAUCCUCCAAGAAAAUUACAAACAAAGUUAAUCGAUUUUGGUUUAGCUGUCGAAGUACGUAAAAAUGAAGAAGCCUUAGCUAACCCAUGUGGUACACCACUUUAUAUGGCACCAGAAGUUUUAAAUGGUCGAUCAUAUACACGUCAAUGUGAUUUAUGGAGUUUAGGUAUAUUGAUGUUUAUUUUAUUAACAGAUCAAUCACCGUUUAAUGCUCAUAAUGAAGAACAAUUAAUAAAGGAAUUAAAUCAUCUUGAUAUACAUGAGAAAAUACAAUCAUUGGAUUAUUUAACACCAUUAUGUCAAGAAUGUUUAAUACGUCUACUGACUAUUGAUCCAGCCUAUCGAUCUUCUGCCAAUGAAUUGUUACUUGAUCCAUGGCUUUCAUAUUAUCCAGUGUAUAGUAAUUUCGACGAAAUUAUUGAUACUGCAGAUAACAGUACACGAACAUCAAAUGACACAUCACGACAACAACAUCAAGAUGUACAUAGUAGACUUAGUUUGACAACAUUACAUUCAUUAGUUGAUUUUUCUAAAGGAUCAGUUUCAGUAAGUAUGUCUAGACCUUCAUCAUUUACGCGUUUUCAACCAGUGGGUACUUAUUCUACAACUAAUGUGCUUGAAUUAAUGAAACAGUAUCAUAAAGAAUUAAAUGAUUGUAAACAAGAAAAUGAACAUUCGUCUGAAAGUGAAAAGAUGACUUAA